AGUCCGGCUCUAAUAUGGCUAAAGGAAGCGGCAGGUAGCUUUCUAGAACAAACUAACCCCUGAUCCAGGGACCAGCAUCACUUCUGUGAGGAUUUACAGCUUUUAAUAGUUAGAAACAAAAUGUCUGUUCUUUGUUAUAAUAAAGGAUGUGGGCAGCGGUUUGACCCUGAAAACAAUUCCGAUGAUUCAUGUACUUACCAUCCUGGUGUUCCAGUUUUCCACGAUGCCCUAAAGGGUUGGUCCUGCUGUAAAAAACGGACUACUGACUUUUCAGAUUUUCUUAGUAUUGCUGGUUGCACAAAUGGACCUCAUAACCAGGAGAAGCCAGCUGAACCCAUCAAACCUGAGGUCAAGUCAUCUGGAGAAAAGAAAGAGCUCAAUGACCUCAAACCAAAGUUUAACGAGUCUAUCAUUCAAGCACCGAAACCCAUUGAAGCGAUUCAGCGACCGAGUCCAGAUGAACCUGUUUCAAGAAUACAGCAGAAGCUUUCGGCUUCACUUAAACAAGCACUAGAAAAGCUCAAGAUGUCUGAAAAUGCGCCCGACACCAAAGAAGAGGAGAGCGACGAAAUUAAGAUUGGAACAUCUUGUAAGAAUGGAGGAUGCACUAAGACCUUCACUGGAGCUGAGAGUUAUGAAGAAGUGUGCCUGUAUCACGCUGGAUUCCCUAUCUUCCACGAAGGAAUGAAAUACUGGAGCUGCUGCAAGAGGAAAACGUCCGACUUCGACACGUUUCUGUCUCAGGAAGGCUGCACCAAAGGAAAGCAUGCGUGGUGCAAGGAGGACACGGGUAAAAAGGCUGUGCCGUGCCGGUUCGAUUGGCACCAAACAGGAGGUCAGGUCACCAUAACGAUUUACGCCAAAAACUCUAUCCCUGAGCUUAGUUAUGUAGAUGGGAAUAGUACCAUGCUUGAUAUUCAUAUUAUAUUUGACGGUGAUAAGGAAUUUGAACAGAAGAUCAUUUUAUGGGGUGUCAUCGACACAAGUAAAAGCGUAAUGAACAUGAUGGCUGCUAAGAUUGAAAUCGUGUUGAAGAAAGCCGAGCCGAUGUCCUGGGCACGGCUGGACCUUCCCCCCGCAGUCAGCCCACCCAAAAAGGAAGAAAAGAAAAAUGAGUCCGAUAGCGACACUGAUGAUGAUGAUGAUGACGAUCAUUAAAUACUUACGCAAAUACAAACACACACACAGUACUGUAUCAAAUUUCCAUUCUCCCUCUUCUGAGAUUAAUUGCAUGUAAAGUAUUUACUUCCAUGAAGCCAGUAUAGACUUAAAGACUAAUGGUUUACAUUCACAUAAGAUCUCAAUAUCUACAUUAAUUGUAUUAAGUGGUCAUUUUUCAAACUAGACUAAUUGGAACUGUAAAGCCAGAGUCAUCACAAUUUUGCAUUAGAUAGCUAUACGAAGAGGCUUUUGUCCUGUUUAGAUUUAGCCAGUCUUUGCAAAUCAUGUCUUUUCUUAACAUUCCUUUUUACAUCAUGUAUUAACGAUUCCAUGCUUUUUAAGGUGAAUGUUAAAGUUUAUUAAAAGUUUAUCCAUUUCCACAA